AUGACCGACGUUUCGACGCCGUUCCUUUCGAAGAUGACGGACGCGCAGGCGGUAGAGUAUCGCAAGCGCAAGGUUGCGCUCAUCACUGGUAUUACUGGCCAAGAUGGUUCUUACCUUGCCGAGCUCCUUCUUGAGAAAGGCUACGACGUCCACGGCAUCAUCCGCCGUUCGUCCAGCUUCAACACCAGUCGUCUCAACUCGCUCUAUGCCGACCAGCACGAAAAGAGGGGGACCAAGUUCAAGCUGCACUACGGCGACUUGACGGACUCGACGAACUUGGUGUACAUCAUUGCCAACGUACGCCCGACUGAAGUGUACAACCUCGGCGCGCAGUCGCAUGUCAAGGUCUCCUUCGACCUGUCCGAGUAUACCGGCGACGUUGACGCGCUCGGUACUCUGCGCCUGCUGGACGCGAUCAGGACGUGCGGACUCGAGAAGGUGGUGCGCUUUUACCAGGCGUCAACGUCGGAGCUGUACGGGAAGGUCGUUGAAACGCCGCAGUCGGAGACCACACCGUUCUACCCGCGCUCGCCGUACGGCGUUGCCAAGCUGUACGGGUACUGGAUCGUCGUCAACUACCGCGAGGCGUACGGCAUGUACGCCUGCAACGGCAUCCUUUUCAACCAUGAGAGCCCCCGCCGUGGUCGCACAUUCGUCACCAGGAAGAUCUCGCGUGCAGUUGCAGACAUUCACCUCGGCAAGCAGAAGUGCCUCUACCUCGGGAACAUGGACGCGAAGCGUGACUGGGGACACGCAAAGGACUAUGUCGAGGGCAUGUGGCUCAUGCUCCAGCAGGAGGCGCCCGAGGAUUUCGUACUUGCUACGGGCGAGACGCAUCCUGUUCGCGAGUUCGUCGAGAAGGCGUUCGUUGAGCUCGGUUACACCAUCAAGUGGCGCGGGACUGGUGAGGAGGAGGAAGGCUAUGACGCCGCGAGCGGCCGUGUUGUCGUCAAGGUCGACAAGCAGUACUUCCGUCCCGCUGAGGUCGAGUUGCUUCUCGGUGACCCGGCGAAGGCGGAACGCCUGCUUGGGUGGAAACGUAAGGUCGCAUUCGAGGAGCUCGUGAAGGAGAUGGUGCGGGAGGACCUCAAGGCGUCAAGCAACCUCGUCGAGGACCAGAACUAA